AACGAACAACCCUCUAUCCCCAACAAACCAGGCUGCUGGAAUAGUACUUUAAACUUACUGAGAAAUGAACUCUUUAUUCAGAAUGCCUUUUGAAUAGGGACAGAACUGCAACGUUUGUUGUAUUUCACUUUUGUGUUUUAUAAUACACAAAAUAAAGCUGUUUUAGGGACCACAGUUUAUAAGUAUUUUUAAAUUGUUAGUUUGAGUCUAUUAGGAUUUGAGUAGCUCUGUUCAUGUAAAAACUACGGUUCAAUAAAUUUAAAUACAGGCUACUAAAAGUUUUCUGAAAAAAAUUUUACAUGAAAGAGUUAUUUAUCUUCAUUUUAAGUAGAUAUUGGCUACCUAUCACAUGGUUCAACUCCUGGGUAGGGAUGCUAUAAAUGAAAUUGGCUUUGGUCACCAUUGCUAGUGUGCUGCCAAAAAAUAAGCACACCAGCAAGCAAGGCUGCUCAGUAUGGAACUGGCCAGCUCAUUGGUUACUUCUCAAGUCUGUUUGAGCAUAGCUACUUAUUCUUGGGUGCUUGUUUCAGUAGCAUGCAAUUGUGCCUGUGUCUGAGUUCCAUCUUUUUUGUUAAUGGAACCACUGUGCUGUUAAUACAGAGACCAAAGCAAAAGGGUACCAGGGGCAGGUAAGGGCUCACAUCUUGAUCUGGAAGUUGGGAGUGAACAUAUACCUUUGAAACCUGGAAGCUGCCCCCCCCCAGGACACACCCUCCAUCAAGGCACACCUCCUUAUCCUUCCCCAAUAGUUCCACUACUUCAGUCAUGAGCCUAAGGGAGCCAUUCUCGUCCACUUCUUCAGUUUGUGAAGGGCAUCAGCACCAAGGGAUGGGUGCAACAUUAACAAGAGUUGUUAAAUGGCAAAGGACUGUAGACACUGGUAGACAAACCUGGAGAUUAAAAGCUAGUUUAUUUGAGACAUAAUUCAUAUCCUAGACUGACCUCAAAUUCUGUUUACCCAAGGCUGGCCUUGAGUGCUGGCUGGGAUUAUAGAAUGCACUACGAUGCUCAGUGUAAUUUCUGUUUUUACCUUAUGUAUACAAUUUAGUGGUUAAACAGUCAUUUAUCUCACCCCUCUUGUUAUAUGUAUGUUCUGGGUUUUUGUCGGAAUAUUUCAGUUUAAAUCAAAUUCAAAUGGACCUCACCUCUUGAACUUUGAAAUACUGAGGAGAUUUACAUGAUGGAUUCGCAGUCCUGGCUCACCAUUCAGUUAUUAAAAAUAAGCACUUUUUAAACACAUCUAAAAAAGUUCAGUAAUGGGCCACUAACCCAGCCUGUUCCCUAGACAGAUCCCCAUAAUGAAAUGGUGAUGGGCAAGUACAGCCCCCUAGUGGUUCUGUUGUGCUGCACUCAAGUUUGGUGACGUUUGAGCCUUGCCUUGAAGUGCUACUGAUGAAAUAUAUUUUAAUGUUAAAAAGUAAUGGAGAUACCCCUUUGCUCUAGCAAUGCAUAUUCAUACUAGGUUUUAUGUGACAAUAUAGACUUAGGGUUAUCCUGUUCUUGGUAAACUGAAUAAUGGGUGACUAAAUAGUAUGAACUUACAUGAAUGUAAGAAUUCACUGAGGUGGCAUAGAACAUGAAUCCACUCUGGAACACGAGCUUAUUAUGCUUAGACUGGGAUUUAUGGGAUGAUAUUUAUGGAAAGCAAAGUCCACCAUGUGUCUGGUACAUAAAGAUACCUGUUAUGCACUGUACAUCUAUCUCUUUUGUUUGAAAGGAAAGAAGUUGGACAAACCUCUAAUUCUGAGGAUAUAAUUUUGUAUGACUAGAUAUAUAAACAAAGGUAAAUGCAUAAGGAUCGCACCAGGCAAUCAAAAUCUAGUACAAACAUUUAGUCCUUCCUUCUGAAUAGCCACUGAAGAUGAGGGUAGUGCUCGGAGCAAGUUCAGUCAGCUCCCGACUGCUUUUCUGAGUUGGGUUUGUUUGUUUUUGUUUGUUUAAAUACGGUGAUUUGCCUGGUAAUCUGCUGUAAAUAUAAGACAGGAACCUUAACUACUUAAGAUGUGUGGUGGUUGGGAUUUUGCUUUAAGAAGCUUUCUCCUUGUUCUAGUAAUUAAAAUCUUUUCCUCUUCAGCCCAAUUAAGUGUAUUACUGGAGGGCCUCUCGUGAAAAAGCCUUUCUUUGAGGUCUAGAAGUGGAAAUAAUUUGUCCUGAAAACUUGCCUGCCAGUCUGUUGAAGCUGAUUACCACCGUUCGAAGGCUGUUCCGAAGGUGGUCUGGACUCUCCAGAAUGCUGAGCAACACUUUAGAUUUAAACACUUCAAACUCCAGGAAUGCAGGCAGUUCUGUCUUUUCAAAGACCGAACACAGCAUCAUUGCAGCUUACCUGAUUAUGGCAGGUAUAAUAAGCAUUCUCAGCAACAUAAUAGUUCUGGGAAUCUUCAUCAAGUACAAGGAGCUACGGACACCCACGAAUGCGGUGAUUGUGAACCUGGCUCUCACUGACAUAGGCGUCAGCAGCAUUGGCUAUCCCAUGUCUGCGGCUUCAGAUCUGCAUGGAAGUUGGAAAUUUGGAUAUUCAGGCUGCCAGAUUUAUGCUGCAUUGAAUAUCUUUUUUGGAAUGGUGAGCAUUGGCUUACUCACAGUUGUGGCUAUAGACCGGUACCUGACUAUCUGCUGUCCUGAUGUGGGAAGAAGAAUGACCACCAGCACUUACGUCAGCAUGAUCCUGGGUGCCUGGAUCAAUGGCCUGUUUUGGGCUUUGAUGCCCAUCAUUGGGUGGGCUAGUUAUGCCCCAGAUCCUACUGGGGCCACCUGUACCAUAAACUGGCGGGAAAAUGAUGUAUCUUUUGUGUCUUACACCAUGAUGGUUAUUGUGGUGAAUUUCAUUGUGCCUUUGACAGUAAUGUUUUACUGUUAUUACCAUGUGACUCAGUCCAUGAGACUUCAUGCUGUCCAGAACAGCACUACAAACCUUCACAGAGACUGGGCCGAGCAGGCAGACGUAACAAAGAUGUCUGUGAUAAUGAUAUUGAUGUUUCUGCUGGCAUGGUCUCCUUAUUCCAUUGUGUGCUUAUGGGCUUGCUUUGGAGACCCAAAAAAGAUUCCUCCUUCAAUGGCCAUCAUAGCUCCACUGUUUGCCAAAUCCUCUACAUUCUACAACCCCUGUAUUUAUGUUGCUGCUAAUAAGAGGUUUCGGAAAGCCAUGUUUGCCAUGUUUAAAUGCCAGCCUCACCAAGCAGUGCUUGAGACAAGUUCUGUACCAAUGAAUAUGCCUCAAAGCCAUAACAAUGCCUGAGACAGGUUCUGUACCAGUUGGAUAUGCCUCAAAGCCCAUUGACUCCUGGAGGAAUCUCAUGCGAGAAAGAAUAUACCACCAAACCUUUUAUUUGUUUUGUGGGGUUUUGGGGCAAUACAUUAAUUUUAUUUUAAAUAUGAAUCCAUUUAGAUCAAGUGCAGACAAAGACUAUUGCCUUAUUGGACUGCAGGUCCCUCCCACCCAGCCAGCACAGUCCCGUCUGUGCAGUAGUUGCUGUAGAGCCUGCACUGUAUCCUCAAGGGUAAAUGAAUAGUUAAAUCCCCUUUGAUGAAUCCAGGCACCCGGAACUGCAGUCUCUCUUCUUUCUCGUUAGAAGGCACACGUUACAGCACGUUACAGUGCGCUGAUGACCUGAACUUGACUGGGUUUCCAUUAGACAAGAGAUGACCACUAGAAUAUUAGAAUAUUUUAAUGUUAGGGAAAGUUAAUAAUAAACUAAUCAAAAUUAUAAUCCCGAAUAACUAAUUGCUGAAAUGAGUUGUUUGAUAUUUCCAGCUAUGAAAAAAUAUUUUUAACAUCUCAAAAAUUUGAGUUUAGAAUCAAUCAUUAAUUCAUCUUAUUUUAGCAAAAAUAUAUAAACAUUAAACACAACUGCUUUUUAUCAUGCAAGUCUAUUGCACAUAUACAUGUUAUAGCAGAUUAACAUCUGCAUUUUGUUGUUAUUAUGUUUGUUUUUUUAUUUUUCAAAACAAGGCUUCUCAGUAUAACCACUCUGGCUGUCCUGGUACUCACUUUGUAGACCAAGCUGGCCUUGAAUUCAUAGA